AUGAAUUCACCCAUUGAAAGUGAUAUAGAGAAAGAGAAAGAAAAAGAUCUUAUAGAAUUUCAAAACUUUAGCAAUGGAGAAGUUCACGAUCGGGUAUAUGAACGUUUGUCAGUUAAAAAGCGUGGAGUUGAGGUUGCCAAAGCUGCAACCGAUUACUUAGCGUUAGAUAGUCGUGAAAGCAUGAUUUCUUUAUUGCAAAACACAUUACGUGGUGUAGUUGAUUCUUCAUCCGAUAAUCGUAAGGAAAUUUUGGAUGCAAGUGUAGGUAGCGGGGAAAUUGUGGAUUGGUUCCUUUCUCGAGAAUUAGAAAAGCAUAUUGGUCGUAAAGAAAUUAUUUUAAAUAUAGUUGAGUCCAGUCCUAAAUUAAUAGAUGAUUACAAAAAGAGGGUGGCACAGUAUGCUCACGUAAAAUUAGGAAAAAUUUGUAAUGGAAAACUCCAAGAUUAUUGUCGGGCUGGUGGAAAAUCUCCAAUUCCUCAAAAUUCUAUCGAUUUUAUUAAUUGCAUGGAUUCAAUUUAUCAAUUAUCCGAUUACACCUCUAAUAAAUCUGAUCCACGGGCUGAUAUCGCUAAUCUCGUCAAAUACUUUUAUGGUCUAUUGAAACCUGGUGGAGCAAUAUUCAUAUCUUAUCAUGAUACAGAAUCUGAUUUUGCUUCAAUCAAUUCUAAAUAUUACGAAGAUAGACUUUACGAUUCAACAACAACGAAUAAAGUUAAAAAAAUUAUUCAAGAACGCAAAAAACUUUUAUGUGAUGGUGAAAUCGUUAGAAUCCUAAGAGAUGAAGAAUCUAAAUUGAAAUCUUCAGUGAAAACUAUCGCAAGACUUGAAUCUCAUAAUAUAGCUACUUCAUUCUACGCAAGAACUUUAGCAGAAUUAGCUGUAAUGGGACUGUUCGGAGAAUAUCUAAAAUCGGAUAAUAAAAAAUUCGAUUAUAAGAAAUUAGAAUACUUGUUAGGGAAACUUAAAGAAGCUGCCACAACGGAUAAUGCUAAAGGUACAAGAAAACAAUAUGGUUUGGGUAGAGCUGAUCGCGGUAGAGAAGCUUUGUGGAAAGUUGAAUAUCCAUCGACUAUUUGUAUUAUUCGUAAAGAUAUUGUUUAA